AUGCCAGCUAAAAAAGUGACCGAGGAACCAGAUGAUAGUCAAACUUGGGAAUUAUUAGAACGAUGUCUUCUACCAGUAGCUUUUUCCCAUGCGGUAGCAGUUAUUAUUUCUACUGUUCUAAAUACUUUGGGCAUAUCUCAAACUUCAAGUUUCGUGCUAUUUCUUCUUUUUUUAUCAUUGUCCAUAGGUUUCACGCUCUUCUAUCACAACCUCAAGGUGACUGCACCUGGUAAAGCUGUCCUUGUUACGGGAUGUGACUCGAGAGUUGGAUGUGCUUUGGCGAAAAGGCUCGAUGAAUUAGGUUUCACUGUGUUUGCUGGAUUUACAAACAAGAUUAUGGGCAUUAAUACAUGCAAACGCUUGGAUUACUCUCGGCUGCAUUAGAAGCAUGGGGUUCGUGUUUGAGACUGGAAAUGCGCAGAUGGGGCGUGGAUGUAGUUGUUGUCGAGACAGGUGAAUAUGUUGCCGGUAACUCAUGGUUAAAAGACAAUUCUGCCCUUCUAAAUCAAGCUCGAGACAUGUGGGUACAGUUGGAACCGCAAACACGCAAAGAGUACGGGGAGGAAUUGUUCCAGAAGGAGAUGUUGUCACUUGAAAAAUACACUAAAGGACCAGAAGCUGACUUAACUCGAGUUAUGAGAGCUUUAGUUGAUGGAACUACCAAAACUUUCCCCUUGAAAAGAUACACUCCGGUUACUCGCAAAGAAAGACUUCAAGCAUUUGUCAGUGAUCAUUUACAGUAUUUCAAUAGAAUUAAUUGUUCGACGUAA